AUGUCCUGGAUAGUAUGGUGUUCAGCUCUGGCAGCUCCACUUCUGGAGGCUCUCGUGAGGGUUGCAGAGGAGACUUACUGGGACACUGCCCCGAUUAGAGAGCGGCCUUACGAGGUGGGGUUGGCCGAGCUAGGCCUUCUCACUUCAGAGCGGAUGUUAGAGGUCUACAAGUCGGCAAGACUGCCAGAAACUCUCUCCCACUGCGGAAAUGCCCACCGGGCCCCUCCCCUCCCCUCACUCCCCCUCCGGAGUGAGCUCAGUUCCGUGUCUGCCGUGGAAGAUGGCGUAUUCGCCUGGCUGUUCGGGGAGCUGUUGUUGUACGGGGCGGCGUUCAUCUGCGGCAUCGUCACCGCCGCCCUGGUCACUGUCACCCAGGGGGACUUCGAAGGGGGCUGCAUCCUGUAUGGCGAGGGCAGCUGGAACGUAACGGGGCGCGCGCUGGGCGUGGCGAGCUUCGGCAGCAGCACGCAUUGCAACUUCGUGGACUUCGUCUCGCUGCUGGUCGCCAUCUACUGCUUCUGCACCGUCUUCUACUUCAUCUACACCAUCUGCCUGGAGGAGACCGCCCGGGGUUCGCGCUGGCUGAAGGCUUGCCUGGUGGUCUCCAUCAUCUUCCUCUUCCUCCUGCUGGUGUGCGGCUGCCUGAUCAGAGUCGGCUUCAGCACCUUCUGCCAGUCCGUCGUCAAGGAGGCUCAAAUCAAAAGCUGCUCGGAGGCCGAGAAGGUGAAGUGGACACCCCCGUUCCAUGGCACCAGCUUCAACCAGAACUUCAGUAGCGCCGAGACUGCCACCUGGGUGAACUUCUUCCUCUGGGUUGUCAUCCUCAGCCUGCUGGCCGUCCAGUGGAGGAAGGGCAGCAGCAUCCGGCUGCUGUCCGGCACCGAUCCCGAGUGGAGCACGGAAGCUUCGGGCCCGGUGUCUGAGACGGAACGCCUGAUCGCCUCCCAGCCCAGGCCGUGAGGGCCGGCGGGAGAGGGGGCUCCGUCGUCGGCUGGCUGGCAGACGGGCGAGCCCUGAGGGGCCCGAACUACUGACAGAUGGGCGGGAGGGGAACUGGGGUCGCAGUCAGCUUGUGUGGGCUGUGUGUGUGAGAUCGACUGGGCCUCGGUACUGUGAACAAAUCACCCACUGUCUGUCUAAUCCUGUGUCCCCUUCACUGCCCUGUACUCUCUACAAGUCCAACACUGUGUGUGUGUGUGUGUGGGGCUGUCCACAGAGGCCUAAAUCGUUGGCCUGCCGAGGUCUGAAUCUGUCCGAUCGAAUGCACGGGCCUGGGAUACUUUUGUCUCUGUUUGGCAUUCAGUGUCUGAAACCGUCUGGCAGGGAUGUGUUGUGUCUGCGGAACGGAGAGUCUAUCUUUGCCUUUUUGGAAGUGCCUGGUGUGUGUGUGUGUGUGUGUGUCCAGGCAUUUUUUGUAUGUGAAACUGUUGGGGUCACUCUGACUGAAUGUUUUCGCCGCACACGUUUAUAUUCCACGCAGUCCGAUUUAGUUCCGCUGAGGCGUCGCACGGUGCAAAUGCAUUUGGGGAGAGGCAGGCCUGGGCUGAGACAGGGGUUCGGGUACUUCAUGCUGGAGAAAGCUUCCCACAUUUAAAGGGGAGGGGGGUAGUGACCGAGAGGUGAUUUGGAAUCACCGGGGGGACCCGGCUCAUCUCCUUUAUCCCCCUGAAGUGAACCGAUGGUACACAGGAACC